AAGGUGCCCGAGCAUGUCUGCCUGAACCAGCCAUGGCUGUGAGGGACCUGGUGGUGGUGGUGGUGGCAGUGGUGACUCUGGUUGCUGCCAGCGGGGCAGAGCUGAAUGAAGAGAGUGGCCUGAGAAAGCCGGUGUGUGCAGACACGGUUGACCUGCAGGCCUGCCCCCUCCUGUACUUGCCUAUCUGUGGGACCGACGGGAAUACCUAUGCGAAUGAAUGCCAGCUCUGUGUGGAGCAAAUGAAAACCAGGCAAGACAUCCGGAUUCUGAAAGAUGGGGAGUGUCAAAAUACCUGAGCUUUCUGAUAGCUUUCCUGAACCUAGAAACAGGCAUCUGAGUAAGAAUACGGGGUGCAUCAUAUGGUCAAGUGAGCUCCCUGAAGUCAGUGACCAUUCCGCAAGUCUGGGAGCUGUGCCAGUGUCGUGGCUACUGUGCUUGAUCAGCUGGAAUUCAUCCCCUCACCCAGUUCUGCACUUUGCUGGAGC